AUGUCCAACACCUUGAACUGGUCUCUCCCCAAAGAGAAAGCUCUUGUAUCCUUCUUCCACAACAACUGCACAGAAGUGGAGGAUAAUGGUAGUUUCAAAGGUCCUGAAUUUGCUAGGGCUGUCAAGCAUGUUCACAAGCAGUGCUCUGGCUCUAUGAAGGAUGUCAAGAGCAUCCAAAACAAGUGGCAGUCACUCUGCAAGACUCUUUGUGUUGUUGUCACAAUCAUGGGGGUCUCUGGCUUCCAUUGGAAUGAUGAGAAUGGUGUGAAUAUUGAUGCCUCAACUGCCCUCAUUUGGAAGGAGUACAUCAAAGUUCACACCAAGGCAAAGCCCUUCCACAACCAUAGAUGGGCCUCAACUGCAACCACUUCCAAGCAAUCCCAGGCUGCUGAUGACAACAACACCUCUGAUUCUGAUUAG